AUGAGUCCUCGUCAAAGUCAGAUUUCUGUUCCCCUGAUUAGGGCCUGGCUAAACGACUGCGAGUCCAACCAUCACAACACCUGCUCUCGGAGUGUCCUGGAGGAACGCCAGGGUCUCCCUGUAAAUCUACUCCUGAUAGACGUGGAAUUCCAAGCCAUCGUGGAGGCAAAGUCUUCAAUGAGGUACGUCGCUUUAAGCUACGUAUGGGGUCAGAUUGAUUGCUUCCAAACGACAAAAUCUACACUAGAGUCUUUACAAAGCCGGCACGGGUUACUACGACAAUCUUCACGUUUACCAGCCGUGAUAAAGGACGCUUUGGCGUUUGUUGCCGCAAUGGGCGAAAGAUACCUUUGGGUUGAUACGCUGUGUAUUGUGCAGGAUGAUGCUGAUCUUAAGCAUCGGGACAUUCAUCAAAUGGAUGUCAUAUACAGCCACGCUAUCUUGACUAUAGUUGUUCUAUCCGGGAAAGAUGCCAACACAAACAUACCUGGCAUCCGUCCGGGAUCUCGCACCGAAUGGAAGUCAAAGGCUUUCGGCAAUCACCAAUGCAUACCAUCACCCUUAAGCCUACAGCGCGCGCUGGAGGUAGCACCUUUGGAGCAGCGUGCGUGGACUAUGCAGGAACGAAUGCUUUCUCCGCGUUGCGUAUAUUUCACGAAUCAACAGGUCUACUUCCAGUGC